AUGGGUGGUCCCAAUCUCGAGGUCUUCAAAUUCGCUCUCUAUGUCUUCUUUCCGGUCGCCAUGAUGGUACACUAUGGAGACCCGGAGUGGUACAGGAAAUAUGUUUUGCCGUACCGCGAAAGAAUAUUCGUGCCUCAGGAAAGGCUGACGACACACAUACCGGGAGAUCAAUCGACACUACGGGACGAAUUAGCUCGCAUCAAGGCUGAAAAGCUCGCAAGACGUCUCGAACGUGAACACCAAGAAGCGGAAUCUCGGACAGACCAUGUAUAG